AGUCCGCGGCCCCGGGCGCAUCCGGCCUUCCGGGUUUUGACGCCGGCCAGAAAGGCUACGCGAGCACGUUCCGAAUCCGGCCCGGGUUUUUCCCGGCGAGGCGGAAGCAGCAGCGCACGCCCGAGACCCGGGGGAGGGGGCGAGUGGGAAGAGGGGGAGGGGAAGGGCCGAGGGCAGGGGAACGAUGGCCGCACAACUCCCUAUUGUGGCCGCUACGGCCGCCACCCCGGCGAUGGCGAGAAACAGCAAGAAAAGGCCCGCCAGCCCUGCAAACAACGGCAGCGGCGGCGGCUACAGCAGCAGCAGCAAGAAGAGGAAAGUGGGGGCCGCCGGCUUCUCCCAGGGUGUCAGCAUGGAUACUGUGAGUGAGAGUAAGGUAGUGACCCCUGACUUUAGCACAGGACCUAUGGAAGCCACCCCCAAGCCAUUGCCAUUUAAGGAUCCCAACUUUGUGCACUCGGGCAUCGGGGGAGCCAUGGCAGGCAAGAAGAACAGGACCUGGAAGAACCUAAAACAGAUUCUUGCUUCUGAAAGGGCAUUGCCAUGGCAACUCAACGAUCCUAGCUACUUCAGUAUAGAUGCUCCCCCUUCCUUUAAACCAGCCAGGAAGUAUUCUGAUAUUUCAGGACUUGUUGCAAACUAUACAGAUCCACAGAGCAAGUUAAGAUUCAGCACCAUUGAAGAGUUUGCUUACAUUCGGAUGCUCCCUUCAGAUGUAGUUACAGGCUACCUGGCCCUGAGAAAGGCCACAAGCAUAGUCCCCUAAGCCUGUGG